AUGAUUUUCUGUAAAUUUUUAAAGAUUUUUUCAUCUUUUGCAUUCAUCUCACUCUUUAUAACAUUUAUUGAACCUGCGGAAAUUGAUUGUCCAAAGGAACCUACUAAUCCAAAUGAACCUUUGAAAUCUUAUGUGGUUUUAUUUAAAGCCUCUUUUAAUCCUCCGAUUUCCAAUUCUUCUGCUACCGUUUGGGAAAAUCAUGUCAACAUGAUAAAAAAAUGUUUAAAUAAACAAAUGAUAAAAUCUUAUGAACAUAUUAACGGUCUUCCAAAUGGCAAUGAAAUGAUUUAUGAUUUUAGUGUGGAGGGUCAAUUCACAGGCUACUCUGGAAAAUUCACCGACAGUUUCAUGAUAAAUCACGUGUUAACGAUUAGUGAACUUUUAAUGGUUGCAGAUGUUUCCGUUACAAUAAAAGAUGGUAUUAGGUUUGAAAAGAGAAAUAAACCCAAAGUUAAUAUAAAGUCCGAGCCUACUCAUCUAAAACAUCUUGAUCGUAUCGAUCAAAAAAACUUUCCACUAGACGGAAAAUAUUCAUACCCCUCUAGCUCUGGCAAAGGAGUGAAUGUUUACAUAAUUGACACUCAUGGUACAAUGGUUGCCGGUAUUAUUGGUGGCCAUUUCUUUGGUGUCGCAAAAAAAACAAAUUUAAUUGGUGUCAAAGUAUUAAAUGCUACAGGUUCUGGCACAACGGUAGACUUUCUUAACGCACUUAGCUAUGUUAUUCAUCAACAUGUAAAGUCCGAGAAUAAGAAAACGGUGAUCAACUUGUCCUUUAGUUUUGAAAGUAAAAUGGAAGCCGUUAAUAUGUUGGUUGAAAAGGCCAUAGGUCUUGGUAUAAUCAUUGUUGUAGCUGCUGGAAAUGAAGCAAACGAUGCUUGUGGUUCAUCUCCGCCCUCGGUUCCAGAUGCCAUAACCGUUGGCGCCACUGAACUUAAUAAUCACAUUGCAAAUUUUUCUGAUUUUGGUCCUUGUGUUGAUAUAUUUGCUCCUGGAGUAGAUAUAGAAACAACUGGACCAGAUUCUCCGCUAGAUACUCGAAUUGAAAGUGGAACAAGUUUGUCUGCCCCAAUUGUUACCGGUGCCGUUGCUUUGUUACUCGGUGAGAAAUAUUUGUCUACUGAUGAAGUAACCAAAGAACUUAUUAAAAUUUCGACGAAAAAUGUUAUCAAAGGUCUUGAAAAUUUACCAGAAACUCCCAAUAGAUUUUUACGC